GUCGUAUUUGACAUGUGAGCUGGUUUGUCAUAUGGACGGAAGUGUAUGACGCCAUGAUGCUUUUUCCAUAUUCUUUCUUUUUCGAACGUGUGAAGCGUCAAGACGGUGUGCGAUUUCACUCUCUGGAAAAUAAUCAUAAAACAAAAUGCCGAAGGAAAUUAAAGAAGUGAAAGAUUUUCUGAUUAAGGCGCGCCGAAAGGAUGCCCGUGCCGUCAAAAUCAAGAAGAACCCAUUGAACACCAAAUUCAAGAUUCGCUGCUCACGCUUCUUGUACACAUUGGUCGUUGCUGACAACGAGAAGGCCGAAAAAUUGAAGCAAUCAUUGCCACCAGGUCUUCAAGUUAAGGAAGUCAAAUAAGCGCCAACCAACUCAACAACACCAGCAAAUAAAAUAAAAACACUGUUAUCGUCCGGUAAAACCAUCAACUGGAUCAGUUUUUUUUUUUUUUUUCAUUGGAUACCAUUUAAUGCAGCCGACUUAUCGCAACAGCGCGAUAUCCAACAUAAAAAAACUCACAUACAGUUUUGAUAACAAAAAUACUAUUUUUUGCAUCAGGAAAAAAAAUGAUCAGAUGUUUCCGAUGAAAUACAAUACAUUUUGAGUUCUAUUGGAAAAUCACUUUGUGUUUCAUUUGAUAGAAAAUAAAACGAAUUUGGUGUCAAUGUGUAUAUUUAAAACAAA